GACUAUCUAUAAUUCUAUUUAUUUAUUAUUGUUAUUAGUUGGGUAUUUUACAGUUCAUUGAUAGUUUGACAUUAAUUCCGUGUAUUCUUGCCGUAUCGAUUUUCUCCCCUUCUCUUCUACAUUAAGAUCACUGCAUUUGUGAUUUGUCCUAUUGUCGGUUCCAGUCAUUUAGAUCUGAUUCCUGACUUCUAUCAUUCAAUCAUUUUAUUUAUUGUUGGCGGAUCUUCAGUUAAUUCAGGUUUUUGAUGUCACAUGUUGAAUUUGCUGCAUAACCCAUGAUUUGAAAUUCAUCAUAUGAUUCGGAGAAAGACGCAUACUUGGUAGUUAGUUUUUGGAAGGUUUUGAAGUGGAAUAGUAUGGCGUUAAGAGAAGCAAGAAGGCAUCAAUGGCAAGAACAAGGGCUUAUACCACUUGCAGCUUUAAUUAGUAAGGAAAUGAAGAAUGAGAAGAUGGAGAAACCAAAAAUUAGUUAUGGUUAUGCAGCACAAUCUAAGAAAGGAGAGGAUUAUUACUUGGUUAAGACUGAUUGUCAAAGAGUACCGGGCAAUUCCUCUUCCACCUUUUCAGUAUUUGCUAUUUUUGAUGGGCAUAAUGGAAAUGCUGCUGCCAUAUAUACAAGAGAAAACUUACUAAAUCAUGUCUUAGCUGCAAUCCCUCGCGGGAUUAGUCGUGAUGAAUGGCUUCAUGCCCUACCUCGAGCGCUAGUUGCGGGAUUUGUUAAAACCGACAAGGAAUUCCAGCGCAGAGGAGAAACAUCUGGGACAACAGCGACAUUCGUAAUUGUGGACAGAUGGACAGUUACUGUUGCAUGUGUUGGUGAUUCUCGUUGUGUAUUAGAUGUCCAGGGAGGUGCUGUUUCAGACUUAACUGUUGAUCAUAGGCUGGAAGAUAAUCUAGAAGAGAGACAGCGUGUGACCGCUAGUGGAGGUGCAGUUGGGAGGCUUAGUAUUGUUGGAGGUGUAGAGAUAGGGCCACUUCGUUGCUGGCCGGGGGGCUUGUGCCUUUCUAGGUCAAUUGGAGAUCUGGAUGUGGGAGAAUUCAUUGUACCAAUUCCUUAUGUGAAACAAGUGAAGCUAUCAAAUGUUGGUGGGAGACUCAUCAUUGCUUCCGAUGGCAUUUGGGAUGCGCUAUCAUCGGAAAAGACCGCAAAAUCAUGCUUUGGUUUGCCCGCUGAACUUGCUGCUAGACAAGUUGUAAAGGAAGCAUUACGUUCAAGGGGGCUCAGGGAUGACACAACUUGCCUAGUUGUUGACAUAAUCCCGCCUGAAAAUCCUGUGCAACUAUUGCCUCCACCUAAAAAGCAAAGCAUGUUUAAGGCUUUACUUUUUUGGAAGAAACUACGGGAUUCUUCAAACAAAUCAUCAAAGAAGUUAGCACCUAUAAGUAUUGUGGAAGAGUUAUUUGAAGAAGGAUCAGCUAUGCUUGCAGAAAGAUUGGGAGGCGAUGAUACACCUGCUCAAUCAACGUCUGGUCUUUUCAAUUGUGCUAUAUGUCAAGUCGACCUUGCUGCCAGUGAAGGGAUCUCGGUACACGCUGGUUCCAUUUUCUCAACGAGUUCCAACCCUUGGCAAGGUCCUUUCCUCUGUGCGGAUUGCCGAAACAAGAAAGAUGCGAUGGAAGGAAAACGCCCUAGCGGCUUCAAGUUUCCUUGAUUCCGAUUGUUUUUCCUAUCAUUCAAUUCAUUUAAUUUCUAAUCAUUGGUUAGGUUAUUCUUUCGGUUCUUUUAGGUCGAAUUAGGAGUAGUAUGUACGUAGCAGUAGUUUUAGAAAGCAGGUUGUAGAAUUAGAUGAUAUUUUAAGCUAAACUAUUCGAGUUCAGAUGAGCUGAUGAUCAAUUCUCAAGCAUCUAAUCUUCAUGUACAUAAUUAUUAUCAUUUGUAUCUUUAAUUCUUUUUUGUGUUGAUCUUCUUUCGACAUUUAAGCUGAAUUACUUAUUUUUGAUUAUUUUCUCCGAUAA